AGUAGGUCACCCUGAUAUUAGAUUUUACGAUCCACCACCGCCACUACCGGUCAGUCGUCAUCACCGCCGGCGCCUAAACCACUACACCAUCGCACCGUAUGCGUUGUAAUUGCUAAAAUUGGAUCGGACGAAAGAAAAAGGAAGUGACUCAAAGCUAAAUUAUAUGCCGGAGUUGGAUUGGAUUGGAUUUGUGUGGUAAAUAAAAAAGGGUAAGCUAAAUGACCUUCUUAUUCUUCAUCCUGGUCAUCCUUCCCACCUUGUCUUGCUCUCUUCCUUUUAUUGUAUUACACGGUAUCGGAGAUCAAUGCUCAAACAGAGGAAUCACAAAGUUCACUCAGGAACUCACUUACCUUUCCAAUUCUCAGGGAUUUUGUAUUGAAAUUGGAAAUGGAGCAUGGGAUUCCUGGUUUAUGCCCCUACUGCAACAGACUCAAUCUGUUUGCAAUCAGGUGAAGAAAAUGAAACAACUGCGCAAUGGCUAUAACAUAGUUGGUCUCUCACAGGGGAAUUUAAUAGGCCGGGGUGUUGUAGAAAUUUGCGAUGGCGGACCUCAGGUUAAGAAUUUGGUCUCCUUGGGAGGACCUCAUGCUGGUACAGCCUCAGUGCCGCUUUGUGGUUCUGGGAUUUUCUGUAUGAUAGCCGAUGCACUUAUCAAGUUAGAGAUCUAUAGUGAUUUUAUCCAGAAUCACUUGGCCCCCAGUGGUUAUCUCAAAUUGCCAAAUAAUAUGGAUGCAUACUUGCAACAUUGCAGAUUUCUUCCAAAGGUUAACAAUGAAGUUCCAGACGAGAGGAACUCCACCUACAAGGAUAGAUUUAGCAGCUUACAAAACCUGGUGCUUAUCAUGUUUGAGCAGGACACGGUAUUGAUACCUAAAGAAACUGCGUGGUUUGGAUAUUUUCCAUAUGGAGAGUUUACUCCAGCUUUGGCUCCACAGCAGACCAAACUUUACAUCGACGACUGGAUCGGCCUGAAAACUUUGGAUGAAGCUGGAAGAGUGAAGUACAUCAAUGUUUCAGGAAAUCAUCUUGAGAUUUCUGAAAAAGACAUUAAAAAGCAUGUCAUUCCUUACUUGAAAGAUGAUGACAUUCAAGAAAUUACUAUUGAUGAUGAAAUCGAGAAAGUGGCAUUGUUGGAAGGAUAUUCAACUUAUACAUGGCCACCAUCAAUUAAUAAUUUCUUCAGCGAUUUAUUUGAACGUGCGAGACAAUAGUAUUUGAUCUUUGUUGGAACGAACUAGUGUGAAUUUAUAGACAUAGUAGUAGCAGAAUGGGCAAAGUGACCUGAACAGAGGAUAAAUGACUGCCACUUGUAAGUCUGCAAAUACAUAAAUUGUAUGAUACAUAUAAUGUUUCUGAUCAUUUCAAGGUUAACCUUUUCGUUUUUAUUUUCUUAA